AAAUUGUUCUCCUACUCUCCCUUCAUAAAUUUAUCGGCAGCUUUCUUGUAUUUGGGGAAGAAGAAGGACAGGAGCAUAUCAAUGGCUGACGCUGCAGUGGGUUUUGUAGCCGGGAAACUUGGUAACCUGUUAGCUCAAGAAGCCAUAAAUUUGUAUGGAGUAAGAGGCGAAAUGGAGUGGUUGCAACGAGAACUGGGGAGAAUGCAGUGCUUCUUAAAAGAUGCAGAUGCAAAGAAGAACAAGGGUGAUGAUGAAAGGGUCAAGCACUGGGUCACAGAGAUGAGAGACCUUGCUUUUGAUGCUGAGGACGCUAUUGACACUUUCAUGUAUUACAAGCUCCGAAGAAAACAUCCUGGUAGCAUGGGUUUCAUGAAGAGGUUUGUAUUUAUAUUUCAUGAAUUGGUGAGUAGACACAAGGUUCAUGUGGAUGUUGAAGGGAUAAAAACUAAGUUGCAGGAGCUAUCUCGAAGUAGAGAAGUAUAUGGCAUUUCUAAUAUAGGUGAAACAAUUGGCACAACUAGUCAGUGUAGAAGUCAAGGCGUGAUUCCUAUAUUGCCCCAGCUGAGUGAUGACAUUGAUAUGGUUGGCUUUGAUGCUGAGAAGAAAAGGAUUGUGCAAGAGUUGGUUGACAUAAACAAUACUAAUCGGUCAGUGAUCUCUAUAGUGGGUAUGGGUGGUCUUGGAAAGACCACACUUGCUAAAUCCGUUUAUAAUGAUCACCAAGUCAGGAGAAAUUUUGAUAUAUUUGCAUGGGUAAUCAUAUCUCAUCAAUAUACCAUCUUUGAGAUUUUGAAGGGAAUCUUGUCAGAAAAGUUAGAGACUUCCUCAGAAGAUACAGUCCAAACCCUUUCAGUAAAAGUAUGUGAAAAAUUAAAGAAAGGCAAGUACUUGGUUGUUCUUGAUGAUGUUUGGAAAGCAGGUGUAUGGAAUGAAUUAUUAAAAGUCUUUCCAGAUGCUAAUAAUGGAAGCAGAGUUAUUAUCACCACUCGCUUUGAAAAUGUCAUCAAUAUUGCAGAUCCUACCACCAAACUUCAUAGACUGCGUUACCUCAAUGAAAAGGAGAGUCGGGAGUUGUUUCUUUGCAAGGUUUUUCCAGGACAAGACAUUGAAACAUGUUGCCCGACAUAUUUGGUUGAUUAUACUCAGCAGCUUGUUCAGAGGUGUGGGGGUCUACCACUAGCACUAGUAGUACUUGGAGGACUUGUCUCAACCAAACGGCAAACCCAAGAUGCAUGGCAUAAAGUUCUUGAGAGCAUGAAAGGACAAUUUGUGGAAGAUGGAAAAUGGUGUUUAGAAAUACUUGCAUUGAGUUACAAUGAUUUGCCAUAUUACUUGAAAUCGUGUUUUUUGUACUUUGGUUGCUUCAAAGAGGACAUGAAUAUUCCUGCAAAAACAUUAAUUAGAUUGUGGUUAGCAGAAGGUUUCUUGCCCAAUAAAAAUGGUACAACCACAGAAGAAAUUGGAUUUGAUUGUCUGGAGGAGUUGGAACAACGAUGUUUGAUCCAAGUUACCGAGCAGGAAUAUGAUGAAAAAUACUGCCGAAUCCAUGAUCUCUUGCGUGACAUGUGCAUUUCAGAAGCCAAAGAGAGCAGAUUUCUUGAACUCUACAAGAAUGACACUGAAGAUUGUACGACAAUGGCAAAUGCAGCCCGACGAAUGAUCAUAUUUAAUGAGAUUGAGACUCAAAACUAUUCUAACUCAAAGUUGCGGGGUCUAUUUUACUGUGAUGGAUAUAGUGAGCGUCUGCAUAUCAAAGCUCUGAAAGGACAUCUUGCCAGAUAUAAGUUAUUAAGAGUGCUUAUUUUGAAUACUCUGGAUAUGUCAGAAUUUCCAAGUCAAAUCAAAUCAUUAAUUCAUUUAAAAUAUCUUGAGUUGUAUGCUGGGAAUAUGAAGGAAGUUCCAUCAUGGAUUGGUGAUCUCCGCAAUCUGCAGACUUUUAUUGUAAAGGGGAUUUUACUAGAGAUACCAGAUUCACUCUGGACAAUUGGCAAUCUCAGGCAUGUCGAACUAUCAAUGUCUCCACAUGUUGAUCCACCAAAUAUGGGAAAUCAUGUAUCAAAGAAUUUGCAAACUUUAAAAUGGGUAAAUGCUGGAUCGUGGAUAGGGAAUACACUUCCAAAGCUCACAAAUCUAUGCGAAUUGAGCAUUGGAGGAGUCUCUAAUGACCAUGCCGAUGCCCUAUCUUCAUCACUCCAGAAAUUAGGUCGUCUUGCCUCCUUAUCUAUACAGGGACGAGCAAUUCCUUCGGACAACAUCAUUACAGCCUUUUCCAAUCAACACUGCCUCAAAAAAUUGCUUCUCGAUGGAAGUUUGAACCGCAAACAGCUUCCACACAAUGAUGUAUUUCCUCAACAACUAGUGGAACUACAUCUGAAAUUUUCUAAAUUGGAGCAAGACCCAAUGGCAACACUAGAGAAGCUGCCAUGUCUCAAAUAUCUUGAACUCUGUGGUGCAUAUAGAAGCAAACAGAUGAUAUGUUCGGCAGCAGGUUUUCCUCAACUGUUAUCCUUGGACAUUUUGUGUUUUUCGGAACUUGAAGAGUGGAAGAUAGAGGAGAAGGCAAUGUCAUGCCUCAAGUCUUUGAAGAUGUUAGGAUGUGAAAGAUUGAAGAUGAUUCCAGAAGGACUGAAGAAUGUGCCACUUCAUCAAUUGAAAUUAUUAGGUAUGGCUGAAGAAUUCGCGAGAAGGAUGAAGGAGAAUACAGGAGAAGACUGGUACAAGAUACAACAUGUGCCCAACAUCUCCUUAAAAUAUUAAAACGCGCAAUGGAUAAUAUGUUCAAUUGUUAGCUGCCUUCAAAAGGAGGGAUGCACGUGAGGAGUGCUUUUGGACUUCAAAGGAGGUCCAUAUUAAGUCAGCAAGCAAGGAAGCAUGCAUGAAGUUAUAUGAACUCUACUUCAGUUGAUGUUUGUGUGGAUGUCUCUGAUUUUAUUCAUGCAAUGUUAUAUGGGUUUGAUACUUUGUUGUUAUAUGCCCAGAUCUAUGUGUGUAUUUGUGGUUUUAUAUUGUCAUGUAAUUGUGUUUGAUACUGUCAUUUUAUUCAAGUAAUGUUAUGUGUGACAA